UCUUCCCCUUUUACGAAAGCGCUAUGCCCCUUUUACAUACCAAAUCUUAGUGAAUCCUACCUAAGGUAAACCUUAGGGUUGUAUAUACCUCGAUAGCUUAUUUGAUGAAUGUUUUAAUAUAUUUAAAAUAGAUGCUGGUACUCGUCGGCUCUACUCGUACGUAUGAUUCUGACCCUGUACAGCCUGCAGGAUUUCCUGCAUUCACAUAGAGGCUGUGCUUCCACUAAGCCACCAAAAGUCUAUAGUGUAACAUAAACUAGAAGUGUCUAGUAUGCAUUAUAAAUUUGGCUUUAUAGAUAAAUAUGUCAAGUAGCCUCCGUGUUUUUAAGUAGACCCCCUCGUUAAAUAGUUUAUUCUUGUAGCUUCAAUAACCACAGCGGAUGACGCAAUGUGCUAUCAGCUCGUCGAACGAUAUUCUGCUUGUCGUUGUUUAUAUUACCAACAUGCUGUAGACAGAUGCCCUGCCUAUGGCAAGUCAAAACAUCCCAUAACAACAAGGUCGAUUCUCGUCGGAUAUGCAUGCCAAACACACACUAUAUUAUCAAGUAAUCGAAAGGCCAACUCGGAUUUCCCAACCAAGGAAACAUCAAGCCUAGCUUAUCCUCACGAUACAAGAACAUAUAAUUCCCAAAACGCUUCUGGAGCUCGUCGCGUACAUAAAAGGGCAACUCGUCCGUCGAGGGCUAACAAUGUAGAAGUCAUAGUAAGCCGGGAAGUCCCCCAAAGCGGGAUCCAUCCAGAUAUAAAUCGAAGUUGGUCAGACUCAAAGACGCAUCAUAGUCCUACGGAAAAUGGUAGGCCUAGUAAUAGCUCUGGAAGCAAAGAAGAUUCCGAUGAUGACCUUUCUUCUAUAGAAGCAUUCCUCUUUGAUGAAGGUGACGAAUCUAGCUUAACAUCUCUUAGCUCUGUUGGGUCUUUGACAGCUCUCGAGCAUCUUACAGAUGGAUUCCUAUACGAUGGAUACCUCCAGGACCUGUGGCCUCAGGUAGUCCUCCGGUCACCGUCCGCGGCGAAAGCGAGGGAGGCAGUAUCGUCGUUAAUUUUGCGAUAUAGCCUAGACCUACAAAGCCUGGCUCGAAAACAAGAGACUUCAGAAGACUCCACAAAUCUACAAAUAAAAGCCGGUCAAUUCGUGAAGCGCAAACGAUAUCACUUGUCCCGAGAGAUUUAUAAACAGUUUUGGUUACCUCUGUCAGCAGUAGGUCAGCCUAUGGGUGAAAAUGAUGCUUCGGAGAAUGAUCCUGGCGUCGAGUCUGACUCGGACAACGACCAACAGCCGGAUAUUGAUCGAUUUAUCAGCCUAAAGUCAUUCUUCUUUGAGACAGAACCAUUUCGCAUCUUCAAGGAAAAUGUACGAGUCUUUGUUGAGCAGUCUUCUCUUAGUCCUCUACAAAUUACCCGGCUUGGUUCUAUGCGGAUCGGUUUUAGCAACAUGAUAACACUUAUAAACGGCAAAGGCGCCCGGCCGGGGAUGAAACGGCUUUAUUGGACUUGUAGCUGUGGUCUUCGAAUAUACGACGACUAUACCGAAACUCAAUCGGGCGCUCUUGAUCGCCUUGAAAAUAUCUUAUCCAACUAUGGCGCACGAUCGAGGGGUUCAGGUGACAUUGAGUCAAACAACCCACCACCACACAAGUCAAAUAAGGGCGGGCUGUCCAAAAUAUGGCGUUCUUUUACUCUCGACGUUAAACUACCGCAAUUUUGGUUGAGAAAAGACUACUGGGAGCCUGGGAAAUGCCGUCGAGCGCCUGGAACAAGCCUGGAACAGGAGCACAAUUAUCUUCUUGCUUGCGUCCCAUUCGGACGAUGGGUUUCGAAGCUACAUCAACAGGAGAUUUGUACGAUCCUUUCAGAUCAAGACUUCUUUUCGCUGCUUCGGAUGUUAUACCAUAGCAACCGCCGUAGACUCUCACUAUCUUGGAUGAGGAGAGUAAAGGGCAUUGACUUCGUUCAGUUCGAUGUGCACCGGUCAGAGGUUGCGGCGGUACGUUCAAAACCAGCUUUACCACCAGAGGAGUUGAAGGACCAGUAUCAGUAUGACCCAAUGCCUGCGCAUCUGGUUCCUCCAGUUGGGCCAAAUAUGCUGGUACACUUCUUCGAGAACCCAACACACGCUAGCGUACUUCCGGAUUUAUAUAAAAGGAUACCGAAGAAACUGCGACAAAAGCUGGCGCCGUGUCAAGCGACAGGAAUGUCGGUAGGAUGGGGAAUCGAGUUUGUCGAGGGCAUAGAUUCUUUCGUGUUCUUUAUAUUCGGAUGUGCCUUAUUCCUUGCUUGCUUAAUAGUCGCCGUGGGAUGGUCUAUUAUUAAACAAGAUGUCCAAGGUGGCUUUGGGAUAGGGGGUUUUAUUUUGGCUUUCAUGUUAUUUUGUGGCAGCAUCGUCCACUCCGCACUGGACUCUCAAGUUCUAAAGUAGGGUACGGCUCGCUUCAGUUAAGACUUCCUCUAUGAUAUAUUAAUGGCUUAUACCAUGUUAUAGUGUGGCAUAAUUUAAUAAACUAGCUGAACCUGAGAAGCUAGAACUACAUGUAUGAGUUAGUUAUAUAGAAUUAACUAACCUUGUACAACUUGAUAAGUUGAUAAUCGGACCCGGUAUGUAUAAUUAUUGCUUGUAACUGAUACUCAGGUAGCAUGAGUUUAUAUCUUGUCAAACUUUAAGAAGAAUUUAGCUGCGCGAAGUAGAUUGUGUAAGACAAAAA